AUGGCAUUCAAGCUUAAAGUAUCAGCUCCAUUCAUCUGCAUGAUGAUUUUGGUGCUAGCAACUGGUUCCAAUGGUGGUGGGAUUUCCAUCUAUUGGGGCCAAAAUGGCAACGAAGGCACCCUAGCCGACACUUGUGCUACGGAGAAUUAUGAAUACGUGAAUAUAGCCUUCUUGGCAACAUUUGGAAAUGGCCAAACUCCAAUGAUAAACCUCGCCGGUCAUUGCGAUCCUUAUAGCAACGGUUGUACUGGGUUAAGUUCCGAUAUUAAAUCGUGUCAAGCCAAAGGUGUUAAAGUGAUUCUUUCUAUAGGUGGAGGCGCCGGUAGUUACUCCCUCGCUUCGUCAGAUGACGCUAGGCAAGUCGCAACGUAUCUUUGGAACAAUUUCUUAGGGGGAACAUCGUCGUCUCGACCGCUUGGACCGGCUAUCCUUGAUGGAAUUGACUUUGACAUCGAGGGAGGUACUGGUGAAUACUGGGACGAUCUCGCAAAGUACCUUUCUGGAUAUAGUAAGAAAGGCAAGAAAGUGUACUUAACGGCGGCUCCUCAAUGCCCGUUCCCUGAUGCAUGGAUCGGAAAUGCAUUGAAAACAGGUCUAUUUGAUUACGUUUGGGUCCAAUUCUAUAACAACCCUCCUUGUCAAUACUCAUCGGCCGAUAUUGCCAACCUUGAAGAUGCAUGGAAACAAUGGACAUCGGAUAUUCCAGCGACGAAUAUUUUUCUUGGACUACCGGCAGCUCCGGAUGCAGCGGGUAGCGGUUUCAUCCCUGUAAAUGAUCUAACAUCGAAGGUUCUCCCUGCCAUAAAGAAUUCCUCCAAGUAUGGUGGUGUUAUGCUUUGGUCCAAGUAUUAUGAUGGUCAAAGUGGAUAUAGCUCUUCCAUCAAGAGCCAUGUCUAA